AUGAGUGAGAACCAAGCUAAAGUUAUUGCCUACAUUGAGGAAAACCAGGCCAAGCUCAUCGCAGGUCUCGCUGAGGCUGUAGAAAUUCCUAGUGUUUCUGGCGAUGCAUCUUUCCGCGCGGAAGUGUACAAGAUGGGAGCAUGGCUUAAGAACCGACUCAGCGAGCUUGGCUGCGAGGUUUCAUCGCAUGAUCUCGGGAUGCAAGAGCUCGAUGAUCAGGAGGUGCAGCUUCCUCCAGUGAUUGUGGGCUCGAUUGGAAAAGAUACAUCGAAAAAGACGGUGCUUGUAUACGGUCAUUACGAUGUGCAGCCGGCGCUCAAGUCGGACGGAUGGAAGACGGAGCCAUUUGAGCUUGUACACGACAAAGAAUCCGACCGCUUGUAUGGUCGAGGCUCCACGGAUGACAAAGGCCCGAUUCUUGGCUGGCUCAACGUGCUCGAGGCACACCAGGCUCUCGGCUUGGAACUGCCUGUCAAUCUCAGGUUCUGUCUAGAAGGCAUGGAGGAGAGCGGUUCUGUGGGCUUGGAAGACUUUGUUGUACAGAAUAAAGACAAGUUGUUCCACGAUGUUGACGCGGUGUGUAUUUCCGACAACUACUGGCUCGGUACGAACAAGCCCUGCGUCACCCAUGGCUUGCGCGGCAUUGCAUACUUUAAGCUCUUGAUUAGCGGACCGGCACACGACCUGCACAGCGGUGUGUUUGGCGGCGUGGUCCAUGAGCCGAUGACCGAUCUUGUCCGUAUCAUGUCGUCGCUUGUCUCGCCACAAGGCAAGAUUCUGGUGCCUGGCAUCGAAGAACAGGUGGCACCGCUUUCAGAUGACGAGCUCAAAGUGUACGAUGCGAUGGAAUUUAGUAUUUCUGAUAUCGACAACUCGACGGGCAGCAAGUCGACCAUUAGCGACAAAAAGAGCGAUGUGCUCAUGGCUCGUAUGCGGAACCCUAGUCUAAGCCUGCAUGGUAUUGAGGGUGCAUUUGGAGAGCCGGGCUCUAAGACGGUCAUUCCUCACAAGGUUACUGGCAAGUUUUCGAUUCGCCUUGUACCCAACAUGGAGCCAUCCAAAGUUGUGGAAGCUGUGCAGAAGCACGUUGAGUCCGAGUUUAGCAAGCUGAACUCGAAGAACACAAUGAAGCUCAUACCAGACCAUCCUGGCAAGCCAUGGUGCACUGACCCGAAGCAUUGGAAUUACGAAGCUGCAUUCGCUGCCACAGAAAAAAUAUACGGCGUGCGUCCUGAUCUGACAAGAGAGGGCGGCUCUAUUCCCAUCACGCUCACGUUUGCCGAUGCGCUCCAGAAAAAUGUGCUUCUCCUUCCUAUGGGCCGCUCAGAUGAUGGCGCUCACUCGACCAAUGAGAAGCUCGACUUGUCGAACUACAUUAAGGGUACACAGCUUCUUGGCACAUACUUGUACGAAGUUGCAGCGGUGUCAGAAUAG